AACGGGACAGGAAAUGGGGAGGAACGGCCGUCCUGAGUUGAUGCUGCUGCUCCUUUUUAACGCUGCGCUUCAGAUGGAAACCACGCUCCAAAAAACCAUUUACUUUUUUUCUCAGCAGCUGACAUGGACCGAAGCAAGAAAGUUCUGCCAGACGAACCACAUAGACAUGAUUACUUGGGACAUAAUAGACCCGGACCUGCUGACUACGUGGCUGAAGGAUGAACAACUGACUGAAGUCUGGAUUGGUUUGCAUAAGGAUCCUGAGCAACAGUCAGUCUGGAGGUGGAUCAAUGUGAAAACCGGUGAAGGUUUGACAGGAGAGGAUGUUUCAGAGAGCAGUUUCUGGGGCAAUCAAAAACAAAACCACUACAGCUGUGGCUCUUAUAAUAGUUCAAAUAAAAAGUGGGCCAGCGUUCUUUGCUCUGACACUCUUCCAUUUGUCUGCUAUGACGACAAUCUGGUGCUGUCCACUGAGAACAAGGCUUGGGAGGAAGCCCUGGAUCACUGCAGGGAAAUGUCAUCCGCCUCCUAUCAGUACGACCUCCUGAGCGUCGCAAGCCCAACUGACUUUAGUUACGUCAGAGACCGGAUCUACAGAGCCACCAGUGAAGAGGUUUGGACAGGACUGCGUUUCCUGGGAGGGGAGUGGUGGUGGUCCGACGGAGAGACGUUGGACCAACAGGAGAUGCUGCCGGACUGUCCGAGCCAGUGGCAACACUGUGGGACCGUCUCCAAGAAUAACACAGCAAACUGGACCAGCAGAGACUGUUCUGAAAGAAAAAACUUCAUCUGCAGUUAUGUAAAACUACAGAAAUAAAUUACCGAAGAGCAAGACAGAAUCUAGCUCUCUGUCUCUCUAUAUACUAGAUACUCUAGAUACUAUAUAUAUAUACUCUCUAUAUACUAUUAGGUGAGUUAGAGAUACCACAGUUAUUUCUAGUUGCUAACUAUAAGUGUCAUAAUAAUGACAGACAACAUGAACACAUGUUCGAGUUUGUUGGAUGUGACUAUAUAUCUGCUCCAUAUAUUGAAUCUCAGGUAUUGCGAAGGACUUCUUGUCCACAAUAUCUGGUGAGAACAUCAGGGAACGGUAAUAAUCAUCAUAUUCUUCCUAUGAAUAUUUCUGGCUUGUUGAAUGGACUCUGUUGGUGUUGUUACUCCCAACAGAGUAACAGAGAGUCUGAAUCUCAAAUCACUAAAUAUGGAGAAAUUGAAUCUAAAUGUUCUGUAUGUUUUGGAUUUGAUUUGGACCACUCUGCUUCUUCUGCAUGGAUUUGUGACGUAGGAUUUUUGAAGAAUCACCAUUUUAAACUCGCAUUUUGUUUUGCUGUGUUUUAUCAGGUAGAAUUAUUUUAUUUUAUUUCGGAUUAAAUUAGUUCAUUUGUACUGACUCUGAAUUGAUUUGAGGCAUUUUACAUUGUGCUUCCAAGAAUAAAGGGAUUUGAAAUAAUUUGCUUUCUUUACUCAGCAUGUGAGCACCACGUAACCCGUUUCUUGGCUUUAUUAACUGUUUGCAAUUUAGUGAAAACAUCUUGUCAACAUGAGAAAGUCCAGCAAGAACUCGAAAUCAAAACAGCAAGACUGAGCAGUUCAUUACAUUUCCUCUCCUGCAUGUCUUCUCCACUUUUUGGUAUAACUAUUACUUGUCAUGUUUCAUACUUUUGUUGAACAUGCUGAGAGCAUAUUAAAUGUGUAUUAACUGGUUUUAGGUGCUGGUUUUCUGAUGAAAUAUCUUCAUCCUCUUAAGUGUAACCCUGAUCUAUUUUGAACUGUGGGUGAGGAGGAACCUCUUAAGACUGGCAAACAUUACAUCAAGUCUUGCCCUGAUUGCUUGAUCCAUUCAGAAGGAAAACAUUUAACAACAUCUAAUAAUCAAGACGUCUAACAUCUAAUUAUUGUUUUUUUGUUCUUAAGUUUGCUUCUUUGAUUGCAUUACAAGACCACUUAAUGUUUUUCUUUCAGGUUAGUUGUGUUUUGUCGCCCUCUCCUGGUCAUUUUUGAGUAAAUAACUUUUUCCCCCCCCAUUGUGUCAGUAAGCAUGUUGCGAUAAAAAUUAGAAAGAAACAUAAUUAAAGUAGCAGCAUAUAAUAACUGGACAGCUUGCCAGUAAUUUGUGGCACUUGAGUUUAGGUUAGACUUAAAUUAAGACCAGAUCAGUUUUUAGUCUCUUGAACAGAAUUUUUUUUUUAACCCUCCUACCAUAAAACUAGGGUUUGAUUUUCUUUCACGCCUAGAAAAAAAAUAAUGUCAUGAAACAAUGUCAUGUCAGUUUCAUCUAUAAAAGAUAUUUAUUUUGAAAA